GAUACCCACUAGACUGAAGGACUACCAGGGAAUUUGAAGAUUCUAGAUGACAUCAGAGCUACUUUUCAACAGCCUUCUCAGUUUCCUUUCUCAGAAAGCAGAGGCCUUGGAAACAGACGAGCACUGGUAUUUGCAUUUAAUGGAGAACAAAAGAUGAAGAAGAAGAACCAAUAUAUUCAUUAAGAUUACAUCUUGUUGCUACGAAUCCUUGUGUUAAGGAAUUCUGUUGCCUCUCCUUGAUAAGAAGUUGAUCACCUCUUCAGUCAGACUGCAUUGGAGUUUACAGUAGUAUUGCCAGAAGAAAUCCUUGUUGGAAUGUAACAGUAAUUUCUAUCUGAUUACUAUGGAAGGUGAUGAACUGACACUCACUCAUUAAAGUUACUUCUCACUUAUCCACUGACAACCAUUCUUAAAAGUGAAUAGAAACCGAGCCCUUGUGAAUACUUCUAUUGAACAUGACUCAUGGAGAAGAGCUUGGCUCUGAUGUGCACCAGGAUUCUAUUGUUUUAACUUACCUAGAAGGAUUACUAAUGCAUCAGGCAGCUGGGGCUUCAGGUACUGUGGUCGACAGAAAGUCUGCUGAGCAUGAUGAGGAAGAUCAGAACUUUAACAUUUCUGGCAGUGUGUUUCCUAAGUGUCAGAGUAAUGGUCCAGUUCUCAAUAAACAUACAUAUCAGGGAUCCAGCAUGCUGCAUCUCAAAAAAGCCAGACUGUUGCAAUCUUCUGAGGACUGGAAUGCAGCGAAGCGGAAGAGGCUGUCUGAUUCCAUCGUAAAUUUAAAUGUAAAGAAGGAAGCUCUGCUAGCUGGCAUGGUUGAUAAUGUGCCUAAAGGCAAACAGGAUAGCACACUACUGGCCUCUUUACUUCAGUCAUUCAGCUCUAGGCUGCAGACAGUUGCUCUGUCACAACAAAUUAGGCAGAGCCUUAAGGAGCAAGGGUAUGCUCUCAAUAAUGAUUCUUUAAAAGUGGAGAAAGAUUUAAGGUGCUACGGUGUUGCAUCAAGUCACUUAAAAACUUUGUUGAAGAAAAGUAAAGCUAAAGAUCAAAAGCCUGAUACCCAACUCCCUGAUGUGACUAAAAACCUCGUCAGAGAUAGGUUUGUAGAGUCACCUCAUCAUGUUGGACAGAGUGGAACAAAAGUUUUGAGUGAACCCUUGUCAUGUGCUGCAAGAUUACAGGCUGUUGCAAGCAUGGUGGAAAAAAGAGCUAGUCCUGCCACCUCACCUAAACCUAGUGUUGCUUGCAGCCAAUUAGCAUUACUCCUAUCAAGUGAAGCCCAUUUGCAGCAGUAUUCUCGGGAACAUGCUUUAAAAACACAAAAUGCAAAUCAAGCAGCAAGUGAAAGACUUGCAGCUAUGGCCAGAUUACAGGAAAAUGGCCAGAAGGAUGUUGGCAGUUUUCAACUCUCCAAAGGAAUGUCAAGCCAUCAUAAUGGUCAAACAAGAACAUCAUUAAGCAAACCAACUGCUAGCAAAAGUAAUUCUGUGGCAUUUCAAAGUCCAACGGGUAUUGUCCCUUCUUCUCCCAAAAAUUCAAGCUAUAAGAACUCAAUGGAGAGAAACAAUGUAAAACAAUGUUCUAGUAAUAGUUUGCUUUUGCAUCUUCUUAAGAGCCAGACUAUACCUAAGCCAAUGAAUGGACACAAUCAUAGUGAGAGAGGCAGCAUUUUUGAGGACAGUAGUACACCUACCACUAUUGAUGAAUAUUCUGAUAACAAUCCUAGUUUUACAGAUGAUAGCAGUGGUGAUGAAAGUUCUUAUUCCAACUGUGUUCCCAUAGACCUGUCUUGCAAACACCGAAUUGAAAAGUCAGAAUCUGACCAACCUGUUUCUCUGGAUAACUUAACUGAAUCCCUGCUAAACACUUGGAAUCCAAAAGUCCCAGAUGUAGAUAUCAAAGAAGAUCAAGAUACCUCAAAGAGUUCUAAGCUGAAUUCACAUCAGAAAGUAACACUUCUUCAGUUGCUACUUGGCCAUAAGAAUGAAGAAAAUGUGGAAAAAAUCACCAGCACUCAGGGAGUACACAGUGAUGUGACCAAGUUCAAUUCACAAAGUUGUACAAGGACUUCUGUGAUAGAAAGUCCUGGUACCAGUAGGACUACUCCAGUUAGCACUCCACCAUUAUUUACAUCAACCAAAGCAGAAUCCCCCAUCAAUCUUUCUCAGCACUCUCCAGUCAUCAAGUGGAAUUCUCCACCAUAUGCCUGCAAUACUCAGUCUGAAAAACUAAUGACUACUGCCUCUAACCACUUGAUAGACCUUACAAAAAACAAAGAAUCAGAAGUAGAGAUACCAUCCCAGAAUGAAGGUGCACAAAACUCUGCAACUUUUAGUGCCAGUAAGCUGUUACAAAAUUUAGCGCAGUGUGGGAUGCAGUCUUCCAUGGCGGUGGAAGAACAGAGACCCAGUAAACAGUUAUUAACUGUAAAAACAGAUAAGUCUAUAGGUGUGAUUGAUAGAUUAAAUAGUCCUCUGCUUACAAAUAAAGCGCAUGCAAUAGAAGAAAAUAAAGCAUUCAGUAGUCGGCCAGUAGCUCCUGAGCCAGGAUUCUGUGGUUCUGAAAUAGAAAAUUUGCUUGAAAGACGUACUGUCCUUCAGUUGCUCCUGGGGAACCCCAACAAAGGUAAGAGUGACAAGAAAGAGAAGGUUCCUUUAAGAGAUGAAAGUACUCAGGAACAUACAGAUAAAGCUUUAAGUGAGCAAAUAUUGAUGGUGAAAAUAAAAUCUGAGCCUUGUGAUGACUUGCGUGGUCAUAAUACAAAUGUACACUUGAGCCAUGAUGUGAAAGGUGGCCCAUUCUUAGGCAUGGCUCAGACCACGCAAAAAAGUGCAGCUGCCUUACCGACCUCUGAGGACUUUAAAUCAGAGCCUAUUUCACCUCAGGAUUUUUCUUUCUCAAAGAAUGGUCUACUAAGUCGAUUACUGAGACAAAAUCAGGAGAGUUACCUGGCAGAUGAUCUGGACAAGAGUCACCGAAACAAUGAACUGACCCUUGUAGAGUCAAAGACUCUCUGUAUGGUCCCUAAGAAAAGGAAGCUUCAUACUGAGCCUUUAGAAAAUCGAUUUAAAAAGAUGAAAACUAACAUUGUUGAUGCUGCAAACAGUCUUAAUGCUCCAGAGGUACUGUAUGGGCCCUUACUUACCCAGCAAGAGCUGAAAUUCAGCAGAAAUGAUCUUGAAUUUAAAUAUCCUGCAGGUCAUAGCUCAGCCAAUGAAAGUGAACAUCAGAGUUGGACCAGAGAGAGCAAAAGCUUCAAUGUUCUGAAGCAACUGCUUCUCUCAGAAAACUGUGUGAGAGAUUUGUCUCAACACAGAAGUAACUCUGUCAUUGACAAUAAAAAGAAAGGACAUAAAAAUAAUGUGACAAGUAACAAACCUGAAUUCAGCAUUUCUUCUUUAGAUGGACUGAUGUACAAUUCCACUCAGCCAACCAGCUGCAUAGAUAACAGAACAUUUUCAUAUCCAGGAGUUGUAAAAACUUCCUUGAGUCCGCCUUUCCCUGAGCAUUUAGGCUGUGCUGGGUCGAGACCAGAAUCUGGGCUUUCGAAUGGUUGUUCUGUGCCCAGUGAGAAUGGACCCAUUAAGUGGGUUAUCACAGAUGUGGAUAAGAAUGAAUAUGAAAAAGACUCCCCAAGACUGACCAAAACUAACCCAAUACUGUAUUACAUGCUCCAGAAAGGAGGCAAUUCUGUUACCAGUCGAGAAACACAGGACAAGGACAUUUGGAGGGGGCCUUCAUGUGCCGAAAGUGUCUCACAAGUUACAGUCAAAGAAGAGUUACUUCCCACUGUAGAAACUAAAGCUUCUUUCUUUAAUUUAAGAAGCCCUUACAAUAGCCAUAUGGGAAAUAAUGUUUCUCGCCCUCACAGCGCAAAUGGAGAAGUUUAUGGACUUCUGGGAAACGUGCUAACAAUAAAAAAGGAAUCGGAAUAAAAAGUACCUGCUACCCAGCUUUGGAUCUUUAAAAAAAUAAUUAGUAUGAACUUGAGAUCUGUAUAAAUAAGCAUGAUUUGAGGAAAAGCAUGGUGUAAUUGAUUUUUUUUUUUUUUUUUUUUUUUGAGACGUAUUGGUUACUGGUGAUGUUUAAAUAUGCAUACUACGUUUUGCUUUACAUUAGAUGUCAUGAGGAAACUACUGAACUAGCAAUUGGUUGUUUAACACUUCUGUAUGCAUCAGACAACAACUGUGAGUAGCCUAUGAAUGAAAUUAUUUUGUAAUCAUAAAUAAUAGGCGUAAAUUAAAAUGUAAAUCUCCAUAGUGGAUCACUGCAUUUUGCUGCCUUUCAUACCAUCACUUUAUUAGCGUACUUUUUUUGCUUUUUUGAGACUCAGUUCAUGUAACACAUUUUUUAAGUUCAAACAAUUAAGUAAUUAUAAGUGAUUAUUAUUAAAUAAAAGGCUUACUGCCAAGUCACUUUCAUCAUUCAGUUCAGUACUAAAUCAGGAAAAAAAAAAACAUUUUUCACUUUUGCUAAAA